AUGCACGCUCAGACCGGUGACGGGGUUCUGGUAGAACCCAGCCUCGAAGAGAGAAUCACUGAUUUGAAUCCUGUCAGCGGAGGGGAGGUAAUCCGUCGGCUGAAGCUACAACAGGCUAAAGCGUUUACUCUGGAAAUACAGUGUGCUCUGUACGAAGUGCCGAAUACGGAGUCCCUCAUACUCAUGAACGAUUUUAAUGCGAAGUCGGAGUACACGCUGAAAAGUGGAACGGCGUGA